AAUUCAGGAAGAACCCAGAGAAUCCAUCAAUUUAACAAUAAAUCUUAGUACCUCCAAUAAUUUACAACAAUUUAUGGACAAAAACCCUCAGACCACCGUGCUUGCCAGCUGCUACAGUGUUGACAACUUCACUUCAGCUGUCAAUGGCUUUCAUUACUGCACUACUAGCGGGGCCGGAGUACAGUGGUAUCCCUGAGGUCCCCUCAGGGUCAAAAAUGCCCCAUUUAAGUCCUCCCCUCGAUCUCUCCAUCGCUUUAGGCAUGGGGAACAGCCUUCCAGGAUGUAACAUACUGGACCAGAAGGGGGAGGCAACGCAUACUAUCCCGGGGGAGUGUGAGAGACUCUUCUGUGACAAGUUGUCUGCGAUUUUCCUAGGUGAGAGGAGAUCGUCUAGACACGAGUCACUUGGGUUAGGUGCGUCCCUAAUUCCGCCGAACCAGAUCCAACAAUGGGUUGAGGUACUGGAUUAUACCGGGGAUGCUAUAUACCGGGGAUUCAUAACCAAUACGAGCGGUGAGCGAACACUAUUCGUGUUCUUCACAGAAUCAGCCCUUGGAAAUGGCUUAAAAUCUGGAUUAAUUGCACUAUUUGAGCUUGCCGACAUGCCCGCGUUUGAGUGUUCUCAGAUAGUUGUCUGCGCGCCGCGUUCUCAGGAUGGUGCUGAGAUUGAAACCAUAAGAAACUUUGGGUGGUGUGGCUUUAGCCUGACCACCCUCCAACCUUGGGAUACCAGAGGUUCCCUUGAAUCUUCUAUUAGUCCCAGAUGGCUUUUUUUGAGCGCCGAAGUUUAAACCAGCAGGCCUGACUCUUACUGAUCUACUUCUUUCGUUUUCGGUUGCUUUUCAACACUCUUUAAUUUGUGUUUUCGCAUCCCAACCUGGCUCUACCAUUCUCUAUAUUCCAGGAUAAGCUUGUAAAACGAGGCCCAAGAAUAAUUAACAAAAAAAAAAGACCAGGAAAAAUAAGAAGAAAAUGAAAUGAUCUUUACUACUUGUUAUCGCGAUCGGGGAGAAGUAGCUGAAGAGCCUCCG